AUGAAGUUCCCAUAUUCUCCGCCGACCUUGACCCUAGCUGAACGCAUGCCAUCUGAAAUAUGCAAGAAACACAUCCAUACGGGAUAUCUUCGACCACAUCAACCCUGGUCCUAUUACGUCAUCAGCGUCUUCCAGGCCAACAACCAGACACUCAAUGUGUGGACACAUGUCAUUGGCUUUCUAUAUAUAGCAUACAGAUCAUAUGAUAUCUCAUUGAAUUGCGACUUCUUACACGAUCCCAUGUUUCGACCCUUGGGUGCAGGGUUGCUAUGCAUUUUGACUCUCUUGGCUGCUAGCUCAUUUGCUCACAUUUUCGGCGACAGAUCUGAAGUGGCACAUUAUACAUGUUUUUGCAUGGACUACGACGCCAUAGGGCUGUAUUCUAUGGGCUGUGCUUUGAUCAGUCAAACAUACUUCGUGAGAGGAAAAGGUCUGGCAGCUUUUCUAGUCAACUGGUCGAGACCCGGAUGCAUUUAUUUGGCAGUACAAUUCUCUGUGUUGCUUUCUUUUUCGAAAAUUCGCUUUGGAAGAGCCCACAAACUUUGCAAUAUAUUCCGAGCUCUUGCUGUAUAUUCAAGUUACUUCUGGUUUAUGCUGCCAUUAAUACAGCGAUACUUCUGGCAGUCAAAAUGUUACCAUGACAAUACCUUAGGGCUUCAUAUAUAUCACGUGAUAUUGUUCCAGCUCAAUGUGUUGGUAUAUAUUGCGCAUGUGCCUGAGCGCUGGUUCCCAACAACGUUUGAUUUUAUCGGCCAAUCCCACCAGUUGCACCACAUUAUCCUGGUCGUUUCUGUGGAUAACUUUCUCAACGUUACCCUUGAAGAAAUUAAAUCGUUGUCUUCUAUAAAAUUUAUAAAAUAUAUGACCGGAGAACUUGGAACAGUUGAGAAUUCGUAUGGGUCAGUUCUGCUGGUGAUAUGCUCUGACUGUGUCCUUAUUGCCGUAGCGGCCCUGUUUGCAAUCAUGAAGGUAUCACAUAGUUUAGGAGAGAGAAAACACGAACAGCAAUGCAAGAGUCACACAGAGUGA